UGUCCCACGUGGGGCGCACAAGGCCGCUAGUCAUCUUGCGCAACCCAGACCGCAAGCCGCGCCUUCCGGGCGAGAAACCAUGGACCGCGGCUGUGGCCAAUAGAAGCGCGGUGCUAGUGAACGACAGGCUUCCGAAGCCAAUGGGUUACGCGGGGAGGCGGAUAAAGGGAAAAGAAUGAAGGCGAGAGAAUGGAAGCUGUGAAGUAACGGUUUAGGAAUAUAUUGGCGCCUGGGUUGGCCAAUGAUAGCUGGGAUUGGAAAAGCUGAGUCUAGAGAUGGACCAAUGGGAGGGGGGAAUGGAGCGGGCAUGACUCUUCCACUGUGAGUGGGCGGGGAGUGUGAGGUGACUGACUGGAGGGGCCGGCGGGCACCGGGAGGCGGUGAGGAGACACGAACAGAGGAGCCCACGCACCGCCGGUGAUUCCCAGUGACUCCUCUGAGGCAAAAUGUCACAGAGACCAGGGCAGGAAGACCCCGAACGUUACCUCUUUGUGGAUCGUGAUGUGGUGUACAACCCCACCACGCAGGCCGAUUGGACGGCAAAGAAGCUGGUGUGGGUGCCGUCGGAGAGACAUGGCUUUGAGGCGGCGAGUAUAAAGGAAGAGCGGGGAGAUGAAGUGGUGGUGGAGCUGGCAGAAAAUGGCAAAAAGGCCAUAGUAAAUAAAGAUGAUAUCCAGAAGAUGAACCCACCCAAGUUCUCCAAGGUAGAGGACAUGGCGGAACUCACUUGCUUGAAUGAGGCAUCUGUGCUGCACAAUCUGAAGGACAGAUACUACUCCGGUCUCAUCUAUACAUAUUCUGGGCUCUUCUGCGUGGUGAUUAACCCCUACAAGAACCUGCCUAUCUAUUCAGAGAAUAUCAUAGAGAUGUACCGGGGAAAGAAGCGCCAUGAGAUGCCACCACACAUAUAUGCCAUAUCUGAGUCUGCCUACCGCUGCAUGCUGCAAGACCGCGAGGACCAAUCAAUUCUUUGCACAGGUGAAUCUGGAGCUGGAAAGACUGAAAACACCAAGAAGGUCAUUCAAUAUUUGGCUCAUGUCGCAUCCUCCCAUAAGGGGAAAAAGGACCACACAAUUCCUACUGAAUCUCCUAAGGCAAUAAAGCACCAGAGUGGAUCGUUGUUGUAUGGCGAACUAGAGCGACAACUUCUCCAAGCUAACCCCAUCCUGGAGUCCUUUGGAAAUGCCAAGACUGUAAAAAAUGACAACUCCUCUCGCUUUGGCAAAUUCAUCCGAAUCAAUUUCGAUGUGACUGGUUAUAUUGUUGGGGCCAAUAUAGAGACUUAUCUGCUGGAAAAGUCUCGUGCUGUACGCCAAGCGAAGGAUGAAAGGACCUUUCAUAUCUUUUAUCAGCUGCUUGCUGGCUCAGGGGAACACCUCAAAUCUGACUUGCUGCUAGAUGGAUUUAACAACUACCGGUUUGUCUCAAACGGCUACAUCCCCAUCCCGGGGCAACAGGACAAAGAUAACUUCCAGGAGACAAUGGAAGCCAUGCACAUUAUGGGCUUCUCACAUGAAGAGAUACUGUCCAUGCUCAAAGUGGUAUCUUCUGUACUUCAAUUUGGGAACAUUGUUUUCAAGAAAGAACGAAAUACAGACCAGGCUUCCAUGCCUGAGAACACAGCCGCACAGAAACUCUGCCACCUACUGGGCCUCAACAUCAUGGAGUUCACCCGAGCCAUACUCACACCACGCAUCAAGGUGGGCAGGGACUAUGUGCAGAAGGCACAGACUAAAGAGCAGGCUGACUUUGCGGUAGAAGCCCUGGCUAAGGCCACCUACGAGAGACUGUUCCGCUGGCUGGUCUACCGGAUCAAUAAAGCGCUGGAUCGCACCAAGCGACAAGGAGCUUCAUUCAUUGGUAUUCUUGACAUCGCCGGAUUUGAGAUCUUUGAGUUGAACUCCUUCGAGCAACUCUGCAUCAACUACACCAAUGAGAAGCUGCAGCAGCUCUUCAAUCACACCAUGUUCAUACUAGAGCAGGAGGAAUACCAGCGGGAGGGCAUUGAAUGGAACUUUAUCGAUUUUGGCCUUGACCUGCAACCUUGUAUUGACCUCAUUGAGAGGCCGGCCAAUUCCCCCGGGGUCCUUGCAUUGCUGGACGAAGAAUGCUGGUUCCCUAAAGCUACAGACAAAACCUUUGUGGACAAACUAGUUCAGGAGCAGGGAACCCACUCCAAGUUCCAGAAGCCACGCCAACUUAAGGACAAGGCAGAUUUCUGCAUCAUCCACUAUGCUGGAAGGGUGGAUUAUAAGGCAGAUGAAUGGCUAUUGAAGAACAUGGAUCCUCUGAAUGACAAUGUUGCUACUCUGCUUCAUCAGUCCUCUGACAAGUUUGUGAGCGAGCUAUGGAAAGAUGUGGAUCGCAUUGUGGGGUUGGACCAGGUUGCAGGAAUGGCAGAGACUGCUUUCGGAGCAGCAUACAAAACCAAGAAGGGCAUGUUCCGCACAGUUGGGCAGCUGUACAAGGAGUCCCUGGCAAAGCUGAUGGCAACUCUGCGCAACACAAACCCCAACUUUGUCCGCUGCAUCAUCCCCAAUCAUGAAAAGCGGGCAGGGAAACUCGACCCACAUUUAGUGCUGGAUCAGCUGAGGUGUAAUGGUGUCUUGGAAGGGAUCCGAAUCUGCCGGCAGGGAUUCCCUAACCGUAUUGUAUUCCAGGAGUUCCGUCAAAGAUAUGAGAUCCUCACACCCAACUCCAUCCCUAGAGGGUUCAUGGAUGGGAAGCAGGCAUGCGAGCGAAUGAUCCGGGCUUUGGAAUUGGAUCCAAACCUUUACAGGAUUGGGCAGAGUAAGAUCUUCUUCCGUGCUGGCGUCCUGGCUCAUCUGGAGGAGGAAAGAGACCUAAAGAUCACUGAUAUUAUCGUACUCUUCCAGGCUGUCUGCAGGGGAUACCUAGCUCGCAAGGCCUUCGCCAAGAAACAACAACAGCUGAUUGCCCUCAAAGUGCUGCAGAGAAACUGUGCCGCCUACCUCAAGCUGCGGCAUUGGCAGUGGUGGCGUCUCUUCACCAAGGUAAAACCGCUGCUCCAGGUCACACGACAGGAGGAAGAACUGGUUGCCAAAGAUGAGGAACUUCUGAAGGUGAAGGAGAAACAGUCCAAAGUGGAGGGAGAACUCGUAGAUAUGGAGCGAAAGCACCAGCAGCUGGUGGAGGAGAAGAACAUCCUUGCCGAGCAGCUUCAUGCAGAGACGGAGCUGUUUGCUGAAGCAGAGGAGAUGCGAGCCCGACUAGCCAUCAAGAAGCAGGAGAUGGAAGAAAUUCUGAGAGAUCUGGAGAUCCGCAUGGAGGAAGAAGAAGAGAGAAACCAGGUGUUACAGAACGAGAAGAAGAAGAUGCAGACACACGUUCAGGACCUGGAGGAGCAGCUAGAUGAGGAAGAAGCCGCACGGCAGAAACUGCAGCUGGAAAAGGUGACUGCAGAAGCCAAGAUCAAGAAGAUGGAGGAAGAUAUCCUAGUGCUCGAGGACCAGAAUUCCAAGUUCCUAAAGGAGAAGAAGCUACUGGAGGAACGUAUUGCUGAGUCAACCUCUCAGCUGGCUGAGGAAGAAGAAAAAGCCAAAAAUCUGGCAAAGCUGAAAAACAAGCAAGAGAUGAUGAUCUCAGACCUUGAAGAGAGACUAAAGAAGGAGGAGAAGACGAGGCAGGAGCUGGAGAAAGCAAAGAGGAAGCUGGAUGGGGAGACCACUGAUUUCCAGGACCAAAUUGCUGAGCUGCAGGCUCAAAUCGAGGAACUCAAGCUGCAGCUGGCCAAGAAAGAGGAGGAGCUACAGGCGGCACUUGCAAGGGGAGAUGAAGAGGUUCUGCAAAAGAACAAUACGCUAAAGUUGGUGCGAGAAUUGCAGGCACAGAUCGCUGAGUUGCAAGAAGACCUUGAAUCAGAAAAAGCGUCCCGCAACAAAGCGGAGAAGCAAAAGAGGGACCUGAGUGAGGAGCUGGAGGCUCUAAAGACUGAGCUAGAGGAUACUCUAGACACCACUGCAGCCCAGCAAGAACUUAGGACUAAAAGGGAGCAGGAAGUCGCAGAACUAAGAAAGAGCAUAGAAGAGGAGACAAGAAACCAUGAAGCUCAGAUUCAGGAGAUGAGACAGAGGCAGGCAACAGCCCUUGAGGAGCUCUCUGAGCAGCUGGAACAGGCUAAGCGGUUCAAAGUAAACCUAGAAAAGAACAAGCAGAGCCUGGAGUCGGACAAUAAGGAGCUGGCCACAGAGGUGAAGUCCCUGCAGCAGAUGAAGGCUGAGUCCGAAUAUAAGAGGAAAAAGCUGGAAGGGCAGGUGCAGGAGCUACAUGCUAAGGUGUUGGAAGGAGACCGUCUGCGGGCAGAUAUGGUGGAGAAGAGCAGCAAGCUGCAGAAUGAACUGGAAAAUGUUUCCUCUCUUCUAGAAGAAGCUGAAAAGAAAGGGAUCAAACUGGCAAAGGAUGUAGCAAGCAUGGAGUCUCAGCUACAGGACACACAGGAAUUGCUCCAAGAGGAAACCCGGCAGAAGUUAAACCUGAGCAGCCGCAUCCGACAACUAGAGGAGGAGAAGAACAAUCUGCAGGAACAGCAGGAAGAGGAAGAGGAGGCUAGGAAAUCUCUUGAAAAGCAGAUCCUCAGCCUGCAGUCUCAGCUAAUAGAGGCUAAGAAAAAAGUGGAUGAUGAGGUGGGCACCAUCGAGGGACUGGAGGAAGUGAAAAAGAAGCUCCUGAAGGACACGGAGGGUCUGGGACAGAGGCUGGAGGAGAAAAUCAUUGCCUAUGAGAAACUAGAGAAAACCAAAAACCGGCUCCAGCAGGAACUGGAUGAUCUGAUGGUGGAUCUGGAUCACCAGAGGCAGAUUGUGUCCAACUUGGAGAAGAAGCAGAAGAAAUUUGAUCAGCUCCUGGCAGAGGAGAAGAACAUCUCUGCCCGCCAUGCAGAGGAGCGAGACCGUGCAGAGGCCGAUGCCCGUGAGAAGGAAACCAAGGCCCUGUCAUUGGCUCGAGCCUUGGAUGAAGCUCUGGAAGCUCAAGAUGAGUUUGAAAGGCUGAACAAACAGCUCCGAGCAGAGAUGGAGGAUUUAAUGAGUUCCAAGGAUGAUGUGGGGAAGAAUGUGCACGAGCUGGAGAAGUCAAAGCGGGCACUUGAUCAGCAGGUAGAGGAGAUGCGGACACAGCUGGAGGAGCUGGAGGAUGAACUUCAGGGCACAGAGGAUGCCAAGCUGCGCCUGGAAGUGAACAUGCAGGCCAUGAAAGCUCAGUUUGAACGGGACCUUCAAACCCGGGAUGAACAGAACGAAGAGAAGAAACGGGCACUGGUGAAACAGGUGCGGGAGCUGGAAGCUGAGCUAGAGGAUGAGCGCAAGCAGAGAGCUAUGGCUGUGGCCAUCAAGAAGAAGCUGGAGAUGGAUAUGAAGGACUUUGAAUCCCAGAUCGAAGCUGCAAAUAAAGGCAGGGAAGAUGCAAUCAAACAGCUCCGCAAGCUUCAGGCCCAGACGAAGGAUUACCAGCGGGAGCUGGAGGAGGCUCGGGCAUCACGAGACGACAUCUUUGCUCAGUCCAAGGAGAAUGAGAAGAAGCUGAAGGGCUUAGAGGCUGAAAUUCUUCAGCUGCAGGAGGAACUGGCAGCUUCUGAGCGGUCACGGCGCCAUGCAGAGCAGGAACGGGAUGAGCUCGCUGAUGAGAUUUCCAACAGCACAUCUGGAAAGUCAGCCCUGCUGGAUGAGAAACGACGCCUGGAAGCAAGGAUAGCUCAUUUAGAAGAGGAGCUGGAGGAAGAGCAAAGUAACAUGGAGUUGCUCAACGACCGGUUCCGCAAGACCACCCUGCAGGUGGACACCCUCAACUCAGAGUUGGCUGCAGAGCGCAGUUCAGGCCAAAAAAGCGAGAACGCUCGUCAGCAACUGGAGCGGCAGAACAAGGAACUAAAGGCCAAACUACAGGAACUGGAGGGUUCAGUCAAGUCCAAAUUUAAAGCCACUAUUGCCACUCUGGAGUCUAAGAUUGCACAACUGGAAGAGCAGCUGGAACAGGAGGCUAAGGAACGGGUGGCAUCUAACAAACUGGUGCGCAGGACUGAGAAGAAACUGAAAGAGGUGUUCAUGCAAGUGGAGGAUGAGCGCAGGCACGCUGACCAGUACAAAGAGCAGAUGGAAAAGGCCAAUACUCGCAUGAAACAGCUGAAGAGGCAACUGGAGGAGGCAGAGGAGGAAGCCACUCGGGCCAACGCAUCGCGACGCAAACUCCAGCGGGAACUCGAUGAUGCGACCGAGGCCAAUGAGGUGCUGAGCCGGGAGGUGUCCACCCUGAAGAACAGGCUGAGAAGGGGCGGCCCAGUGUCCUUUUCUUCCUCCUCCAGUCGCUCAGGCCGGCGCCAGCUGCAGAUAGAGGGGGCGUCCCUGGAUAUCUCUGAUGAUGAAAUGGAACCUAAAAACACUGAUGUCAACAACAUCCCAGUAGCAGCUGAGUGAGUGGCUCUUGUCAGGUCCCAUUGAGUCAGGACAAGCUGAGCAUUGAAGCGGCUGCUCCCCUCACUGGCAAAAAAAAGUGCUUUUUUUGUUUGUUUUUUUAAUUCCAAAAUACAGAUCCGUUGAACUUGUUCUGCUGAACCCCCCACAAAAGCCCCAUCUCUGCCCCAGAAGGGCUUCAUGUCCAGCUCUUCAGAUCUCCAUUUAGACUUUUUUCCUUUCUCUCCAUCUUCUGGCAUCACGUGAAGAAUCUGAACACUACGUCUGUGACCCCAUCCCACGUGGGGUGAGGGUGGCAGUGGGGGGGGGGGUAUGUGGUUAAUUUCUCACCCCUUUUGCUUCUUGUAGCUGGUACAUUCCCCCAUCCACCCUUUAUUCUGUUGACAGCAGAAGAACUCAACUGUGAAUCCGUUACUGUCUUUUCAUUGCCCCUCAUUGGCUCCAAAACUUCUACUCACCUGUCCAAUCAGCACUGGAAAUGUCACUCACUUCUAGCGCCCGCCUUAACAGGCUCUUUCAAGCUGUGAUUGGCACAAUGUGACUCCACCUUUCAGCCUGUAUUCUCAUUCCCAGGCUUGUAUUGGUGGGAUGUUAUACUCGCACCCAGGCCUGUAUUGGCAGUUGUGAAAUUCACUCUCAGACUGGCAUUUAAAGAGUGUGACCUGUAUACGCAGAGUGUGAAAGAAAUAGCUAUCUUAUUACACAUUUAAUCCCCCCCCCCGUCAGCCAAAAACUCGACCCUUUUAUAGUCAAACAGAAGACAAACGGUGCCUUAGACACUUAAAAUUUGAGAUCAUUUAAAAAAAAAAUGACAUAUCUACUGCCACCGACCGUUCAGAUCGUUCUUUGUGAUAAUAUGAACAGACCAGUCAGUAUUACCCAGAAUCCUCAGUCAUGUGCUGGACAUAUCACUUUAUUUGUAUUGUUCAUUGUUUAGCUUAAAUCUUUUAUUCAGCAUUUCCGGCACCACAGGGUCCAGCUCGGAUCAAGGUAACUCUGUGCGCAUUCGUCUGCAUUCAUUAUCAUUAUAUAUAUAUAUAUAUAUAUUAUUUUUUUUUAACACAUAACAGCUGCAGACUCCUCCCUCUCUGCUAAACCCUCCUCACCCCUCCCCUCUGUAUAGCCCAUAUUUCUAGACAAUGAAUUUUGUACGACAAUAAACUUAUUCAUUAUAGAAUA